CGGCCCCUCGCGGCGGCGCUGGGCGGCCGCGGGCAUGAAGGACCGGCUGGCCGACCUGGCCGAGUGUAAAAGAAGUGAAGAUGGAGAGACAGUUAUUGUUGAAAAAGACCAUUUCAUGGAUGACUUCUUCCAGCAGGUUGAAGAACUUAGAAAUAAUAUAGCAAAAAUAGCACAAAACGUGGAAGAAGUGAAGAAGCAGCACAGCAUUAUCCUCUCAGCACCAAAUCCCGAAGGAAGAACAAAGGAAGAACUUGAAGAGUUAAAUGAAGAAAUAAAGAAGACUGCUAAUAAAAUCCGAGCAAGAUUAAAGUCAAUUGAACAAAGUUUUGAACAGGGUGAGAAUGCUAAUCGGACAUCAGUAGACCUCAGGAUACGAAAAACACAGCACUCGGUGUUAGCUCGGAAGUUUGUGGAGGUCAUGACAGAAUACAAUGAGACCCAAAUUCUUUUUCGAGAACGCAGCAAAGGUCGGAUACAGAGACAAUUAGAAAUAACUGGGAAGACUACCACUGAUGAGGAACUGGAAGAAAUGUUAGAAAGUGGUAAUCCUUCAAUUUUUACCUCUGAUAUUAUAUCAGACUCUCAAAUUACUAGACAAGCUCUGAAUGAAAUCGAGUCACGCCACAAGGAUAUUAUGAAGCUAGAAUCUAGCAUACGGGAACUACAUGAAAUGUUUAUGGACAUGGCAAUGUUUGUUGAGACUCAGGGCGAAAUGAUCAACAAUAUAGAGAAAAAUGUAAUGAAUGCAACAGAUUACGUGGAGCAUGCUAAAGAAGAGACAAAAAAGGCAGUUAAAUAUCAAAGCAAAGCACGAAGGAAAAUGUGGAUAAUUAUCCUUGUGUCAUUGGUGUUGCUUGCCAUAAUUGCUCUAAUUAUUGGUUUGGUUGUUGGUACUCGGUGAUGCUUGGAUAACUUCAGCAUGCAUGCCUUCCUGCCAGUGUGGCAAAAAUGAUGUACAUAAUUAUAUGCGUUACUGUCUUGCUUCUGAUACUUGGGAUUAUCCUAGCAACAACACUAUCGUAACAAGCACAUUCCAGGAGUUGUGAACCUUCUGAAACUCAUUCAUUGUCAGUAAAACCAAACGUUUACUGUAAAAGAUGCCUUAUACUGUUGCAUGAUAAUGACCUAUWACUAAUGGAUAAAAUGAAAAGGAAGUCACUUUUAAUGUGUGCUCAUAAAUUAAUGUGCUCAAAAUGAUCACGGUGAAUGAGGAUAUGUGUGGAUUUUCAUCAUAAAGUGCACAUUUGUAAGACUGAAACUUAUUCUUAAUUGUUUUGAACUAAAAGUAACUUAACUUUUUUCUGUACUUCAGUGUUAAGCAGUUGAAUUAG